AUGUAUAUUUCAUUAUUCAUAAUUCAAAUUUUGAAUGUUGCCUUAGCAAGUAAAUGAGAUAUAAUGAUAAUUAUAGCAUUGGAUUGUUCAACAAUAAAGGGGACAGCCUUAAGUAGUUAUGCAUAUAAAACAGACGGGUCUGUGUAAUUUGAAUUUCCAAUAUCAGCUUCUGGUAAUGUGGAUAUAACAUUUCCAACUUUUUGGAGUGGUUCACCUUCAAUUUCACCUUUAAUCAGCGGAACCACUACUUGCAGGGAAGUAAGUUUGAUUAACAUUAUAAAAGACCACUCAAAGCAUAACGUGUACACAAAAUAAUCAAAAAUUCACAUGCGCUUCUUUGACAACAGGGAGCUUGAUAAUAAAAUGUAGCAAUGUGAAGGGACCACACACAAACAAACCAAUUGGAAAUUUCAAUAUAUAGUUUGCUGAAUAGUCUUGCGAUAACAUUCAGAUUAACAACUUCCAACCAUAUGGUGGUUCAGUUUUGUUUUCAUCUAAUUCAACAACCGGCUUGCUCCCAAACACUGAUAAAUUGUAAAUGAUUUGGGAAAACAUAAUGUUACCUAUUACUUUUAGUGCUAAUCCUCGAAUCGAAGUUUCGAUUUUAAGCAAUGGGGAAUUUGUUACAACUUCUACUGUGAAAGGUUAUGUGUCAACAGUAUCAAUCGGUUUAUUGGAAUCACUUACAGUGAGUACUCCCAGUUUGAUUAAAGCUUAAAUGCCCUCAGCAAUAGCUGUUAAGGAUGUUUCAAUAAAAUUAUAUAUGGAAGCAUUGAAAGUUAUGGGCAACACUUAGCCCAUUCAAUCAUAAAUAGAUUUCAAGGAUUCCAAUGAUGUGUUACAGUAUUAGAUACUCUUUCCCUCAAUUUCAGUUCAGAAUGAUCAAUUGACAGCCACCUUAAACAUCGAUUCUACCGAGAUUAACAUCUAUACGAAAUAUAGUUUUAGUGUUACCAUAAUAAAUGCAUUGAAUUCAGCUGGAUUCGUAAGGAUAGCAUUAGCACAAACACUAUUGUCCUCCAAUCUAAUAUGCUAUUGCGAUAAUUCAGUAGCCAUCCCAGUUGUUAAUACAGAUUAUAUUGAUAUCGGAGGGUGUUUGACUACUGUUGGCACACAUAAUAUCGCUAUUCAAAAUGUGUUGAAUCCAAUAUCUACAAUUUCCACCAUCACCAUAUCAUACAUUUAGACUAUGUAGAAUGGAUUUUCAGUAGAUAAAAUGACUAACUUUCAAUACAAGACACCAUCAUUCACUCCUGGAACUCUAAAUGCUUAAUACGAACGACAAGGAAGUAGUUUGGAUGUUGUUGGAGAUUAUUCAUAUUUCACAUUGAAAAUAACACCUAAGAACAGCAUACCAGCAUCAGGCAUUUUAAGAAUGGAAAUUCCUCAGGAGAUCAAAUUUGUGAAUCAAAAUACUCAAACAUGUAAUAUCGACUCAAAUGGUUGUCAAAUCAAUACAAUUUAAGACCAGGUGUUAGUAUUCAAGAUUUAAUCAUCACUAGAGGCUUCAAAACAAUUUAUUAUUAACUCAAUUUCUAUUCCAAUAAGAAAUCCAUUUGAUACGAGUUAAACCAAUUACUUUAAAUUUACUUCUUAUGAUUAAUUCAAUAACAUAAUAGACACAGUCUCCAAUGUCUAAGGAUACUCAGUUAAUACGAGAUCAUCAUUUGAUGGAUUAGUCAUCAUAGAAUCAGAUUAACCAUUCAAAAAUGGAUAGUCCAAUACUUUUUAUUUUACAAUCAAACUUAAGACUCCACAAUUCUAUCCUAUUUAAAUGACUGUCAAAGUUGGUGAUUUAAUGAUCAACAAUAAUCCAUUGUGCAAAUUACAAGGAGCUGUCAUCAAAACUUGCACUAAAAUAUCCUCUAAUCAAUUAGAUGUACUGAUUGAAAGUACUGAUUAAGUCUUGUAGCCAACAACUUUGAAAUUAACUGUUUCAACCAUCAGAUGCAAAGAUACUAUGACUAAGAGUCAGGAUUUUGAAUUUUCAACUAAAUCAACCAAUGGGUUAAUGAGCUAUCAACAAGGUCCUUAUAUUAGUAAUUCUUAAUAUGGCGAUAUCACAUAGACUGAAUUGAUUGUUGAUAAAUAAUAUUAUGGAGCUUAGAAUGCAGUCUAUUAAUUUAAUUUUGCUCUAUAAAAUGGAUUAAUAGAGAACACUUAUCAGAUUCAUAUAUUAUUUCCAUUCAAUCUACCAUCCACCGGUUAUUCUUGUAAGGAUACAUCUAAUAAUAAAUUGGACUGCAGCGUCUAAUCCAAUAAUAUUCUAGUCAUCACUGGACCCUUUGACUCGAAUCAGUUACAAUAUAAUGUCAUUGUUAAUGGAAUUGCUACUCCUCAAAAUGAAUAAUAACCAAGAACAUUUACAAUUAAAACUUAUAGAAAAAUAGAUAAUACCAACUAUUUAGUUGAUAGUUCAGUUAAUGGAGCAUUUCAAUUUAACUUAUUUUGCCCUCAAUUGAACAAUUGUAGGACUUGCAAGAUAAUUGGAUCUGACAAUGUCUAAUGCCAGACCUGUUAUACAUCCAUCAUAUCUAAAUACAUUUAUAUGAAAUCAAAUGCUUGCGUAGAAUCAUGUGGAGAUGGGUAUUAUUAAAAUGAGCAAGAAUACUCUUGCUAAUAGUGUCCAAAUCACUGUUAAACUUGUUCACCCAUAAACAAUAUUCUAAUUUGUGAUAAAUGUUUUGACAAUUAUAAGUAUCAAGAUAGUGUUUGUGUGGACACAUGUGGAGAGACCUAUUACUUACCCUUGAAUUCAAAUAGCAAAUGCGAAAAGUGUGAUAGUGAAUGCAUUUUAUGUUCCAUGAAUUCAUCUUACUGUUCAAAAUGUUAACCAAAUAUCCCAUUAUAUGAUCAUAAAUGUUACAGCAAAGGGUGUGAACAAGGCUAUUUUUAAACUUACAAUUCAAGCAAGGUUUUGGUGUGUGAAUUAUGUCCAGCCACUUGUAUAAGUUGUAUAACCAAUGAUUAAUGUACUGAAUGCCAACCUGGUUAGUAUUCUUUGUCAGGAACAUGUAGAGCAGAUUGCCCAUCUGGUUAUUUUAUUAAUGAAGAACAAAUGCAAUGUAAGUCUUGUAUAUCAGGAUGCAGCCAAUGUCCAGAUGACAAAACAUGUGUCAAAUGCUCAGAUGGAUUCCUUCUAAAACUAUCAUAAUGUGUAUUAACAUGCGGAGACUAGUACUAUGUAGAUGCUGAUCAAACUUCCUGUUUGAAAUGCAAUUCGAGUUGCCAAACAUGUGAGUUGAAAGAUGGACAACAAUUAUGCUCAUCCUGCAUUAAACCAUACUUCUUUUCUAAUUUCACUUGUAUACAAUAAUGUUAAUCCAAUUAUUAUGCUGUAAAUCAAGAAUGUUUCCAAUGUUCAUCAAAUUGCUUAACUUGCAGUGAUAGUGCAUAGACCUGUACUUCAUGUUAAGUUUAAGGAACCACACCACAAUUUCUAGAUGGAAAUGUUUGUGUUUCCAAGUGUUCAGAUACCUAUUUUGGCGAUGUUACUAGUGGAAAAUGUAUACAGUGUCCAAGCUCUUGUGCUGUAUGCACAUCCUUAAACAAUUGCACCUAAUGCAAUUAAUCAACCAGCACACAUUACUUGAUUUAAGGUGCUUGUAAGGAAGAGUGUCCUAACAAUUACCAACCCAAAGGAUUGCUUUGUGAAUUGAUACCAGAGGAAGUCAUAGUCAAUAUGGGACCAAACAGAUAUGUCCCAGUUCCCCAUGUGAUAUUAUUCACCUUUUUAACCAUCUCUGUCUUAGUCUCCAAAUAAUACAGAAAUGAAACUUAUAUGCCUGGCUCAAUCCUAGGAUUGAAUGCUCCUUUGAUAUGGUCAUCAUGGUUGACUGUGUUGUUUUUAUUACACAAUUAUUAUGAAUACAAUGAUAUGUAUUACUUUUGGAUUCUCGUUGGUAGCGUCGUAUUGAAUUGGCUAUUUAAUGUUGCUCACCUUCUAUUGGUUAAAUAAAAGAUAUGGAAUGAUUAGGAUUUCAUUAGGUGGCAAGCCUCAACUUUGAAAAAUAAGAUUACCAAUUACAUUUUGAUUUCAUUGUCCUUGAUAUUAGCAUAUCCCCUUUACAAACUCAUUAUGAGUAGAUAUUUUGGUUUUUCAUUUUUCAAAGCAAAGAUGGUAGAUAUCAAACCCUUUUUUUCCUUUAACUGUUUAAACGGACUUUACAUUACAUUAGUGAAUAUUCCGAUAAUUGUUAGUUGUGCCUUGAUAGCCUAUUACGAAAACUCAUUUAAUUCAUAGACUUUUAUUAGUGCCAUUGAUUCCCUUAUAGUGACUUUCUCCAAUAUUCUACUACUAAUUUGGGAAACUCAAAAGGGAGAACAAUUUUUCGAUGAAUUUGUCUAAAAUUAUUAUUUGAAUGAAUCCAAAUAGAAUUUUGAGAGACAAGAGAAUUCUGGGUUCUUUCAACAUCCCUUUGAUUUGAAAUCACAAGCAGAAUAAAAGAUUGAUAUUUCAGAUAUGGAUGCUUAGGCAGUCAACCAAGAGAAUGAUGUUACCAAAUAGAAAUCUCAUGAGCAAUCACAAGAACAAUCAUGUAAUUUAAAUGGGAUAAGCGUAAUACUUAGCGAUAAGAAUUCAAAUCCUGUAUUUUAAUAAGAAAGUGAAAGGUCUUAACAAUUUCCUUAGAAAUAAGUUGUUCCCUCCAAUCUCAAACAUACUGUGUACUAUAAGAAUGUUCAGAAUAAUUAAUUUGAGAAUCCUGAUGAUGAACCUCCAUAUGCUUCUCCUGGAUCUGAAAAUUUCAGUUCCGUAAAGUCUCAAUCCAGCUAACAUUGUUAGAAUUCCUUCAAUGAUUAAAGUCAAAGUCCUCUAAAAGACAUUAGUUAAAUCUAGGAUUCAGAAGAACCACAUGAAAACAGUCAAUUAUCAAUCUUUGAUGAUGAGAAGAACAAGAGUCCUUCAAAAUAAUAAAAAACCUUGCAAUUAUAAAAAAUUUAAGAUUAUCCACCUGAUCAUUAUAAUAUAGUACCAACUUUUGAAAACGAAUAUGAAAAUGAAAAUGAUCCUCAAUAGAUUAAUUAAUAAGUUGAGAAAGCAGAUAGUUUUUGUAAAAAGAACUAAUCAUAAUUGUCAAAUAAUUAAGGGGAAAACAAUUUGCCAUCAAAUCGUAAAUCCUCGUAAUCUAGGAGAGAAAUAACAUAGUCAUUAUAAUAUUCAUAAGUCCAAUAACUUGCUAAAUCUGCUCAAUUUGCCAAUGAAGGAAAUAGAUAAUCAUCGCAUUAAUCUAUUAGUCGUGAAUCCUUGAGUGUAAAAACUAACCAAGCGUAAUAGGGAUAAUAUACAUAAUAGCUUUCUAAUUAAGAUAAACCAUUAGCUUAAUCAUUUGUAUAUUAAUAUAAAGAUUUAGACUAACAAUAAUAAUAAUAAUAAUAAUAACAAUAAUAAUAACAAUAAUAAUAAUAAUAAUAAUAGUAGUAAUAAUAAUUAUAAUUUCUUGAAGCAUUUUAAAAAUAAUCAAAUAAUACAAAGAGUAAUGAUUUUAAUUAAAUUCAUAAAUAAAACAUUGAUGAUUACCCUUCCAUUCCUUCGAAUCAAUUCAAACCAAAAACUAAAUCAAAUGAUCUAAGAGAACCUUCACACGAGAACAAUUAGGAUGAUGAUUCUGAUAAUAUUUAGUUACAAUUAGGUAUUCCUGAUUAAUAGCCAUAAUUUGAUACAGAAGAAUCAAAGGAUUAGCAUAGAAUUCAAAUAUUAAUGGAUAGUCGGGCAAUUGAAGAAGAAGAAGAUUAAGAAAUAUUUCAAGAUUAAAUUCAAAUCCAAAAAAUAAAACCCAAGCCUUACUAGAUGAAGGUAGAGAACCGUUAGAAGAAGGCAAAGAGUGAAUAAAUAAGUAAGGAGAAGAUGGAUAAGGAGGCUCAGAUUAAGAAUAUUUUUGAUUCUAACGACUCAAUUCAUACUAUGUCUGAUCAGGAAUGGGGAGAGAAUCAGAUUUCGCCUUCAGAAUUCAAUUCACUGAAUUAAAGAUUUGAGAAUGAAUAAGGUUCAGAUUUCUAGAUUCGUUUGCCUACUCACAGUAAGACGCAAUAGAAUUACAGAUAGGCGAAGGUGAAACCCUUGGAUUUUGAGUUCGGUGAUGAGAAUAAUGAUGAACAAUCCUAUAGUGGACAGGCGUAGGUGGAUUUCACUAAGAACUUUUAGGUGAAGAAGGAGAGUAAGCAGCAGUAGUUGGAAAAGGUGUAUUUGUAGAAGUUGGAGAAAAAUGAGAAGAUUGGAGGCAGAUCGAACAAAUGGGAAUUCAAGAAGAAGCAGGUCAACAAAAAUCAUCCGAAAGAUAUAUCAGAUGCAUAUAUUGAUGAUUAGAUCGAUGUUGAGGAUAUCAACUUUUGA